CGCCCCGUAACGCAAAGGACCGAAAUUUCUCGAAGUCUUAGUUCUCCCAAAAAAAAGGGAAUUCAAGAAAACUUAACUAAAAAGCUGCAUUUUUUCACGGCCACAAAACCCAAAACACAGAUAGCUGUGAUCCGGUGAAUUCUCACGUUCUGUGUUGUUGCCAGAACAGCCAAGUUUGUGAUACCAAAUAACCAGUUCAAAGUGUUGUUAACUGCGUCGUAGAUCGCUCGUAAUUUGCUCUCGAUUUCAUUAUUUUACAAAAACCCCUUUUACUGAAAAAUGACGCGUGGAAACCAGCGUGAGCUUGCCCGAUUGAAGAACCAAAAGAAGAACGGUGAUAAACCAAAGCAACGGGAGGACGGGCUGACUCACGAACAGCGAAAACAACGAGAUGCCGAUAUAAUGCGACAAAAGCAACUUAAAAAAGAGGGAGCCGCACAAGGUGGCCAGGCGGUCAAGAGUUAAUGUUCAUCCGGUGCCAGCAAUUGAGUAAUGGACAGGCGAAACCGUAGCUGCACACUUACCAACGUACCACACUUGCAGAAAAAGCGAUCCUUCGAUAGUUUUCAGCAAUCCCACGCUUACCUUCGGAUGUCAUAAUAGUUUACUUGCUAUCUUAUCCCUUGACCACUCUUUCCUUUGGCGUUGCCACUGGCCAUUUCAACUGCGGAGCUUCAACCGUUUUUGAGGCACCUAAAAUCGUAUUUACAAUUAAGGUUUAAUAAUUCAUAAAUCCACAUUUAAAACAA